GACGAUUCUAGAAUUACCAUGUGCCUCUUGUCACGAAAUAUCCGAAGCGAGGAUAUGCUCGAGAAUGAAGAGAACUUUGACGGAAAAUAAAAGGAAAUGAAAGAAAAGAAAAGAAAAAAAAACAAUAAAGAAAAAGGAACGUAGAGAAGCACUUGGAGAAGAAGAAAAAUAUACCAGAGCUUUUAAGGAUGAGCCGAGUGGAAUUUCUUUUUUCAAAUGUCAAUGAAGGAACUCGCUUCGCGUUUGGAUAUGCUGACGUCAAAGCGUCGUACUCGAAAAUCGAUGCUAAAAAUACGAAAAAUUUUCCUUCAAAGAAAUCAAAGGCUGAAAAAAGAAUAAAACACAAUAAUGGAACACUUUCAAUUCAAUGACAAAAAGAAUUCCACAUAUCUGUAUUUUAAAACUCAAAAAAAAAAAAUAUGAUAUAUAAAUACGCGAAUCCCUUUUUCCUAUUUAGAUAGUAUAGCUAGGAACGAAUUUUCAAUUUCUUAUAUAAUUUUAAAUAUCUUUUGAAAGAAGGAAUAUGAAACGGACGUUUCGAAAAGGAUCCUGGAAUAUUUCUGUCCUAUCGCAUGAUAAAUUCCGAUAGGGCUGCCUAGUUUCGUUAAAUUAAGUUCAAUGGAUCGAUAUUCGAUGGAUCGUAUCUACUACAAAUAGUUAAGUCCAUUCCGAUUGAUCCAGGCAAAUAUUUUGGACGUAAAGUAACAUCCGAUAAAAUUGUCAAGUCUGGAAACCUUUAAAAGGACUGAUACAACCCUUGAUCUUAUUCAUUCUAUUUUUUUCUUUUCUUAUUGUUUGUAGCAGAAGAAGAGGAAAGGUUGUAACAACAACAGGUUUGAAGUUACGAUAAGAUAUCGUUCUCGCCACGGCACAAACGUUUAUCCUUGCACUUACUGGAACUAAAGAAGCGCGAGUGAAUAAACGAGUGAACGAGGAUAAAAGGAGGAAGAGAGAAGGGUCUUCUUCGACGGUGAAGCACGUCACGGCGUUUAACCUAUCGUUCGUGCGAAUGUCGAAGUAUACAUUGGGUGGCACUGGCACUCGGAGGUAGUAGUGGUAGUGAUGGCGGUGGUGGCGAUAAGAGGGGGUAGAGUAGCUUAGAGAAUAGAGUGGGGAUAGAAGCGCGAAACAGUGGCGCGAGAGUGAGCUUGGUACUGCGAUAGAGAACGAGUAAAAGAGAGAGAGAAAGAAAGAGAAGAAAGAGAGAAAAGAGAGGAUAGAGAAAAGAAAGAGAGAGAAAAAGAAGAGGAAAGAGAGAGGAGAGAAAAAGAGAGAGAGAAAGAGAGAGAGAGAGAGGGGGGAUAAAAUAGCGUCGAGAGUGACGAGGGUAGCCGAAAGGGUAGCUGAGAGGGUAGGCAAGAGGAUAGAGAAGUAGUGGGGAAUGGAAAAGGGGCAAGAGGGUAGGAAAGGCCGGCCGGCCAGUCGUGCUGUGGCGGCAACUUGGAGAUCGUCGCUUAUCCGUUCUCUUCCCUGAACAACGAUGUUUUCAAACAACGGUCCUUUGGUUCGUCCUAUCGACAAUUUUCGAGGACGGAUCGUCGAAAUCACGAGGGAUGAAACACCUCGAUGGACGGUCGAUGAGUCUCAUCGAACAGCCACCCUCUCCUCUACUGUCGCCGUUUAGGAGGAGACAGGACAAGGAGAACAAGGAAAAAGAAGAGGAAGAGAGAGGAUAACGCGACGAGAAGAAAACAACGUCUCUCUAUCUUUUUAAAUCGAUCUUAUUUUCUCGCGAUCUCGGUUGCUGAUUCUCGAGUCCACGCCUACGUGAAAGAGUGAGAGAGAGAGAGAGAGAGAGAGAGAGAGAGAGAGAGAGAGACAGAGAGAGAGACAGAGACGGAGAGAAAGAAAGAGGGAUGAUCUCCGCGGAGGCUGCAGUUGCACGGCAAUUGCGCGAUUACUUUUCGCGACAGCUUGCUUGAUUCAGAGAGGAGGGAGAAUAGAGAGAGAGAGAGGGAGGAAGAGAAAGUGGGAGAAAAAAAGAAAAUAGAAAUAAAAAAGGCAGGAAGAGGGGAGUAGCAACAUCGAAGAGGAAUGUGUGUCAGGACACUCGAUACUCGACGAUUCUCUCGUGACUGGACCAAGGAUAAGUUGGAAUAUGUAUACACAUACAUUGCGUUGCGUCGUUCGAACGUUUGUUGGAGAAGAAAAAAAGAAGGAGGAGAAAGAAAAGAAGAACGUUAGUUUCCCGGCUAUCGUCAGGAUUAGCCGGAAAUUUGAAGGAUGAGAACCAGACCAAGAAAGAAAUAUCUCAACAGGAUAACAUCAAUUUGUGAGCAGCGAGAAGGAAACCGAUCGACGAUUAUCGAUCCUCGUUGUCUUGUUUCAUUCUCGCAUCACCAUUUCCCUUUCUUCUGCUUUGAGCUUUUAAACUUCGAUCAAAAAAAAGAUUGAUCAGUCCGGAAUUAACGAUUGAUCUCAAAACCGCGAGUUUGCCGAGAAAUUAUUAUUAUUAUUAUUAUUAGCAUUAUCAUCAUCAAUAUUAUUAUUAUCAUCAUUACUAUUAUUAUUAUCGUCAUCCCAAGAAUUUGCUCCUAGUCGAAUAAUUUCGUCAGGACGAAAAUUUCUUUCAACGAGAAAGAGGCGAGUACCAUUAAUACGGCGAGCACUGUAAGAAAAAAUUGUUCAGUAUACGUAGCUAUAUUUCGUUUAGGAUUCGAGCUGAGCUCGAAGUGGCUCGAGCACGUUAAGUUAGUAAAAUCCGAGUUUGAAGGAUCACAGGGAGCGUGACACGAAUUAGAACUCAUUUAGUAAAGUGUCGCUCAUUUGAAGAGGUCGUGUGCUGAAAAGAAAAAGAGAAAGAAAGAGAGAGAGAGAGAAAGAGAAAGAGAGAGAAAGAGAGAGAAAGAGAGAGAGAGAGAGAGAGAGAGAGAGAGAGAGAAGAGAAAGAAACGAAAUCGAAAAAGGGCUUUGCAGUGAUCGAAUAUCAAGAGGAGAAGCAUCAGUAAAAGGACCACAACCAGGGACCUUGCGAUGUUACUGUUUUUCGUUCAGACGAAAAGAAAUUAGGGUUGGGAGUUAAAAGCGAUAUUUGCGAUGAAGGGAACAUCGAAAAAGUCGUGGAAGGAAGCAUCGAAGGAGGAGGAAAGCACGCUAAAAAAGGAAGUGCUGAAACGUAUCGCGGAAAUUCGAAUCCAUUGCAGCGUAAAGGAGAGAGCAGGAAAAUAAAGGCUGGAGGUAAAAGGGAAAGAAAAAGAGAAAUAGGGAAGUGAAGGAAAGAAGAGAACACCACUUCGCUGUUUCAAGCUUUCUGUCAAAGAAAACGGGUCGGUUCGUCGAGCUAUCCGAGAAAGCAACACUUUUUGAUCAAUAUAUAUAUAUAUAUAUAUAUAUAUAUAUAUAUAUAUAUAUAUAUGCAUGUAUAUAUGUAUGUAUGUAUGUAUGUAUGUAUAUAUGUAUAUAUAUAAAAAGAUAAAGAAAGAAAAAGAGAGAGAAAGAGAGAGAGAAAAAAGAAAGGGAGGUCGGAAACGAAACUAAACUAAGGAGAAACACAUUUCCUUGGUGAAUUGAAGAGAACCAUAUGACAUUGAACGGAUGGUCCGACUUUGGAUAAAAGUUCAACAUUUCUGGAAAAGUUUUAUUUGGAGGAAGAGGACGUAGUUUCGAGAAGUAAGGGUAGUGAUACAAAGAGAGGAAGGAAAGGACGGCUCCUUCGGACUCUAGAGAAGAAAGAAGAAGUAGAAGAAAAAGCAAAAGUUCCGGCGACGACGGAAAUGCCGAGGUUGCUUGCAAAUUAGACGUCCGGAGUUGAAUGAAGAAUGCAUGGAUCGUGAACGAGAACCUGAAUCAUCGAGAAAGAAAGUUGAGGAAAAUAUCGUAUCUCGAGUUUUUAGAAACAAGAAAGAUUUAGUUCUGUAUAGGGCUAGUUCGAAUGGCAAUUGAUCCAAUCAGUUUGUGAUCGAGAUCGAUAGAAAAUUUGUGGCAAACGAUGGUUCAACAGUGAUGGCGCUGUUUCAACAGCAAUCGAGUUUCAUGCUUGAAGCUUUCGAGAAGCGAUCGGCAAGUUAACAACGUCGUUCUUCGUCGAACGUAUCGGCUCCGCAUAUCCGGCUUUUAGAUGAAUAAUUUUGCGGACAACUUCCGCCCUGUGAUUGGAAACUUGGAUAUAGCUAAUGCAUCCACGACCUAUAUAAGCUUCGUACAUCAGAUUUGAAGUUUCACGAACGAGCUAUCUCUCGAUCAGGAUUUAUCGAUCGAUAACAACGCUUUGUAUUUAUUUAUUUAAUCAAUGGAAGAUGUUUAUAAUGAUCGACAAAUUAACAUUUUUCAAUAGAAGAUAAGAUAACGGAAGAACGUUUAAUUUUAAGAUACGCCAGUUGAGGCGGCAUCUUGCGUGACUUUCGAUCUAUUUUAAAAGAAAAUUGACUGCGCAAUCUUGACGGAAGAGUACGAACUAACGAAUAAACAGGAUGAUCUCUAGUUCUGAUCGUUCUUUGCCUCCGCUUAGAAUGGAAGGAAAAUGUUUCGAGAUCGAUCGAAGGAUAUAAAUUCUUCAACGAAGAUUUCAAGAUAUUCGACAUGUGUCUUUGAAGUGUCUCGCCUAACAACUUUUUGAACUUUUAUUCGAUAAGUGAAUAAACGAAGGAGAUGCCUACGAGUUGUAAAACGUGGAAAGGCCUAAAAACGUUGAAAAUAACGAUAAUGACCAUUAUGAAUGUUAGAAAAGUUAAAUGUUAAUCUUAAAAGAAAGCAACGAAUACAUAAUCGAUCGAAAGAGAAUAAGCUAAUAUAAAAGAUGCGAUCUUCAUUCGAUUCGGAAAAGUAGCGCUCGAUGUUUUCUUAUUCUCGUCAAAAUGAGACGCUCUUUAUUACACACGUUGAUCCUUUUGAUGACGCUUCAGCAGUUACCGUCGAUCAGUCGAUCUCGAAUACACAGUGAAAGGGAGUCCGUUUUGAUACCAGGAGAUAUCGUUCUCGGUGGUCUGUUUCCCGUCCACGAGAAAGGCGGUUCCGCUUGCGGACCAAACGUCUACAAUCGUGGCGUUCAACGGCUCGAGGCAAUGCUCUUUGCGGUCGAUCAAAUCAACAGAGAGACCAGGAUAUUGCCGGACAUCAUGUUGGGUGUACACAUCCUGGACACUUGUGGAAGAGACACCUACGCUCUCAAUCAGAGUCUACACUUCGUUCGCGCUUCACUUUCAAAUUUGGAUAUAAGCGUGUUCGAGUGUGCAGAUCGAUCAACGCCCAGAGUAAAGAAGACAGCUAGUGCUGGACCGAUCUUUGGCGUCAUCGGUGGAUCCUACAGUUCUGUAUCGCUUCAGGUUGCCAAUCUGUUGCGCCUCUUUCACAUACCACAAAUAUCACCAGCAUCCACGGCCAAGGCUCUUAGUGACAAAACCAGGUUCGAUUAUUUUGCAAGGACAGUACCACCAGAUACAUUCCAGUCGAUUGCUUUGGUCGAUGUAGUGAAGAGCGCUAACUGGUCUUACGUAUCGACCGUCUAUUCAGAGGGUAGCUACGGCGAAUAUGGGAUCGAAGUGUUCACGCGUGAAGCAAUCGAGAGAAAUGUUUGCAUAGCAGCAGCAGUAAAGGUACCGAGUGCAGCAAACGACAAGAUCUUCGACGAUAUUAUUCAGAGAUUGAUAAAGAAGUCGAAUGCUCGAGCAGUAGUCCUCUUCACUCGAGCCGAAGAUGCGCGAGGAAUUCUCGAAGCAACGAGGAGAUCGAACCUCAGUCAACCAUUUCAGUGGUUAGCCAGUGAUGGUUGGGGCAGACAAAUAAAGCUCGUCGAAGGUUUAGAGGAAGAAGCCGAAGGAGCGAUUACCGUUGAACUUCAAUCAAAAAAUAUUCCAGAAUUCGACGAGUAUAUGGCAAACUUAACGCCAGAAAACAAUCAUAGGAAUCCUUGGUUCGCCGAAUAUUGGGAAGAAGUUUUUAGUUGCGAUUUAAAGAAAAACACUAAGUCUCAACAUCAGGCACAUACUACGAUUUCAUCAACAAAUGGUGCGAGGAAGAUUUGUAAUCCUGAAUUUAGAUUGACACCAAGCAGAGGAUACGAACAAGAAUCUAAAGUCCAAUUCGUUGUUGAUGCUGUUUAUGCGUUUGCAUUGGCUCUUCAUAAUCUUCAAAGUGAUCUCUGUGGUAAGAAAGGAGUCUGUCCUGCGAUGGCUAAUUACGAUCGCGGUGCUUUCUACAGAGAUUAUCUUUUGAACGUUUCCUUCAAAGACGCCGCAGGCAGCGAGGUGAAAUUCGACGAACACGGUGACGGUCUGGCAAGAUACGAAAUCCUGAAUUUCCGAAAGUCGAAUCUCAGCGGUACCGAUGGCUAUCAUUAUCGGGUCGUAGGCAAAUGGUACAACUCCUUGGAUAUUAAGACGGACGAGAUGGUAUGGGCACGAGGAACAAAAGACAUACCGAUCUCAGCAUGCUCUUUACCCUGCGAAUCAGGUAUGAUAAAGAAGCAACAGGGUGACACUUGUUGCUGGGUGUGCGAUCAGUGCGAAGAGUACGAGUUCGUGUACGAUGAGUAUACCUGCAUGGAUUGCGGGCCAGGCUUGUGGCCUCAUGUAGACAAAAAAAGUUGCUACCAUUUACCGGUGAAGCAUAUCAAGUGGAGCAGCGCCUUUGCAAUAGCACCAGCUGUGAUCUCUUGUCUUGGGAUAGCAGCAACCUUGGCAGUGGCUUGUCUUCUCUUUCAACAUCGGGACACUCCAGUAGUUCGUGCUUCUGGACGAGAGUUGACCGUUGUUCUUUUAGCUGGCGUUUUGGUCUGCUAUUUGAACACGUUUCUGUUACUGGUAACACCAACGACAGUUACCUGUGUCCUUCAAAGAUUUGGUGUAGGCGUGAGUUUCAGCGCCGUAUACGGUGCUCUUCUUACCAAGACCAAUCGUAUCGCCAGAAUAUUCGAUGCAGCUUCGAGAUCUGCAGUGAGACCUCGAUACAUCAGUCCAACCUCACAAGUUUGCAUAGCGGCCGCCUUGAUAGCAUUCCAAAUCGUCCUGACUCUUAUAUGGAUGGUCGUCGAGCCACCGGGCACGCGAUAUUAUUAUCCCGAUCGCAAACAGGUCAUAUUGAAAUGUAACAUUCAAGAUAUGAGCUUUCUCUUCUCUCAACUAUACAACGCUAUUCUGAUCCUCGUCUCCACCGUUUAUGCCGUAAAAACACGAAAGAUACCAGAAAACUUUAACGAAAGCAAAUUCAUUGGCUUCACUAUGUACACGACCUGUAUUAUCUGGCUUGGCUUUGUACCCAUUUAUUUCGGAACUGGAAACGCUCACGAGACCCAAAUCACGACGCUCUGUGUCGCUAUUAGUCUCAGCGCAUCGGUUACCCUCGUUUGUCUGUACGCACCCAAAGUCUACAUUAUCGUCUUCCAACCGGAUAAAAAUAUACGAGGCAAAACUUUCAUCAAGAGCAACACUUUAAAGAAACAGGGUAGCAGCGCUGGAACUUCUUCAGUCACGAAAUAUACUGCCUGCGAAUUAGUCAGCGAAAGUAUGCCUUUGCAAAGUGCACUCACAGCGGCCGUACAAACUUCGGUGGGCGUAACAGAAAUCUCACUUGCACCAAACUCGUCUAGCAUGACAACUAAUAACGAACAGGUGGCUCAAUUGUAAAUCGAUUCACCAAUUACUUUUACGUACUUCGACAUAUUCGAUAAAUUUGAGACAUAUUCAACGAGUGGAUUGUAAAUUACUGAAGGAAAAAAAGAAAAAAUAA